UUUUUUUUUUGUCUUGUUUUGUUUUCUCAAUUUGAGAUGAGAUACUCUGACAUCCACUUUCAGAAUAGUGAGCAAAAUAUGAACCAAAAGACACUAAGAGGGCCUAGACCAUUAAUAACAUCGACUUAUAUGAAACCACUUGAGAUAUAUAUGCAUUCAAGCUUAAAUAAAUACCAGCAAAAGUCAAAAUACUAUACAUAUCCUAUACCAUCAUCCCUUGAAGAGCGAUUUUCAAAAACACAAGUAACAGUCGAUAAUUUACCUUCACCUGCUAAAUCCUCUUCCACAAAAGCAAUUGAUGAAGAUGUCUCUUCAUCACCAGUACAGAAUACUUUUCCAAAUCGUAAAAAACGAUUACCGCAUCGACCAGCACCUGCACCUAAAGAAAGCAUUUCAAUGGAAAAACCAGUGAUAUGCUAUUAUUCAUCGGAUGAGGAAGAGGAAGAGGAAGAGGAAAAAGAGGGAAAAAAAGUAUUACAGGAUUUGAAUGUAUCACGUCGAAUGAAUACUUUUAACAGCAAGACACCAGAUGUUAAAGUAAAAGAUGAAGAAAAGAAAAAGUCUAGCAAUCCAUUAACAAGAUCAAGUUCUCAAAAGCCUUUACCAAACUACAACUCCUAUCAUAAUGAACCAGCUAAUUCUUCGAAAAACAAUACAUCAUCAGCACCACCUCCUCCCAUUCCUGUUAUAUCCGCACCUGGUUAUUCAGAUGAUGAAGACGAAAAAGUAAAAAACAACAACAACAACUCAAUGCCGACUAUUCCUACUAUUUGUGCUCCUGGAGGUCUUUCAGACGAUGAAGAUGAAAAGCAGGACCAAAGGAAAUCUAAAACAAAGUCACUUUUUGGAUCCUUAUAUUUUGGUAUUCGAUGUGCAGGUUGUGAUGAACCCCUCAGUGGACAAGCGAUUACGACCUUUGGGAAGCAUUGGCAUCCUCAUUGUUUCAAAUGUCAGUCAUGUCAUCAAAAUUUAGAACAUAUUGCGUUUUAUGAAAAGGAAGGUAUGCCGUAUUGUGCAUUAGAUUAUCAUGAAUUGUUCAGUCCUCGUUGUGAUUAUUGUAAGACACCAAUAGAGGAACAUUCGAUAUCGGCAUUAGGGAAAACAUAUCAUCCUGGUCAUUUCUUUUGUAGAGAGUGUGGUAAACCCUUUGAUGAAGAGACGACCUUUUUGGAACAUGAUGGACAUGCUUAUUGUGAAAAAGAUUAUUAUAAACAAUUUGGUAAAGCAUGUAAAGGAUGCGAAGAAAUAAUUACAGGUGAUUUCUUAGUAGCCUUAGGUGGUGAAUGGCAUAAGGAAUGCUUUGUAUGUGCUGACUGUGGUGGUACUUUUAGUUCUUCAACCUUUUUAAUUCGUGGUGGGAAACCGUAUUGUGAGGAACAUUAUGAUAAACAAAGAACGCAUCAUAAAAAGAAAAAUAGUCUGUUAUUAAAGGAGACGCCCUUGACUAACCUGCCUCAAUUGGAUUUAUUACCUCCCAUCUUGGGUGAGGACAACAAGAAGGAAACAAUAGAAAAAAUAUGUCAUCAUUGUGAGAAACCAAUUGAAGGAAGAAGUCAUAGUGCAUUUGGAUUUGAUUAUCAUCCUCUGCAUUUUCAAUGCUCGCAGUGUAAUAAACUACUAUCUGUGAGAGUAAAAGGCCUAUACCAGAGCACAGAAAACAAUGAAUUAAUUUGUAAUCCUUGUAUCAGAAAGAAUAGAAUUUUAUAUAAUUUGUCAUGAUGAAUCAAGUCAAGAGUUCAUAUAAAAUUAAUAUAGUCAUAUAUAAAUAUACCACUUUGAAUAACUAUUUCUAAUCUAUAAUAAAAGAAAAAAAAAUUAUUUAUUUAU